AUGGAUCUUUACAGAACAUCUACUACGGCUGCCUCUACGCCUACACCCCCGAAGUCCUGCCCUCCGCCCACCGCGGCACCGGCAACGGCAUCGCCAUCAGUCAUGGGCAUCAUGUCCGCCAUCGUCGCCACCUACGCCGACACCAGCACGCCGGUGCCCAUCUACAUUUGCGCCGCGCUGUACAUUGUGAUGGCGAUUGUGGCGGCGUGCUUUCCUUUUGAGCCGAUGGGGAGGCGGAGUUCGUAG